AUGUCCAGUUGUGGACAUAAGCUCUCGGGUGGAUUGAACCAUGCUAUACUCAUAAGUAAUUUAAAGUCUCCGGAAAACGAUAAUGAUGCCAUUCACAAGAAAUAUUUAAUAGAACAAUUAAAUUUAAUUGAAGUAAAUAAAAACCAUUUAAACGAAAGAAUAGGCGAUGUGAAAAGAUUCUUCAAACGUCAACUAAAUAAUAAAGAUUUUAUUGAUGAUACUAAACUACAACAAGAAGUAACAAGUUUAAAAAAUUUUAUUCAACAACAAUUAGUCAAUGUAGUAGAUAAAACUCAGUUACAAACUUUAGAUGAUAAGAUUGCAAAACAAAAAAUAGAUCUUAAACAACUAAUAGCCAAUAUUAAUCCAGGUAUAAGUGAAGACAAAUUAACCGCAUUAGAAAGUAAACUUAGUGAUGAUAGUGAAAUACAAAAACAAAUAGUCGCUAUUCAACAACAAUUAAUCAAUGUAGUAGAUAAAACUCAGUUACAAAAUUUAAGUUCAUUAAUAUCUAAUUUAGAUGAUAAGAUUACAAAGCAAAAAAUAGAACUAAUAGAUAUAAGUGAAGACAAAUUGCAACGGGAAUUAACUAAAUUUAAAACUGAAUUACAAAAAGAACUAACAAAUAUUCAACAAAACAUUGAUGAUAGUGUUAUUCAACAACAGAUAACCACUAUUAAUAACCUAGUUUUAAAACAGGAUAAAAAUAUAAUCGCAUUAGAAAAAAAGUUUCUCAAGAAAGAAUCGUAUUAUUUCAAUAUUCCAUUUAGAUUUUUGGGUUUUGAUAAUGGUUCUAUUACUGAUAAUAUUGAUAAAUCAAAAGACUAUGAAUAUAAAACAUAUGGAUUUACAGCAAAUAUUAGACUAUAUUCUGUUCCAAAUUAUACUAUUCUUCCCAAAAAAAUUUUUGAUGUUAAUUAUCCAUAUAUUUUUAAAUUUCGAGGAAAACUUACAAUUGAAAUAACAUUUCCUAUACAGGUAAAAGUUGAUUCAUUAUUCUUCAGACAAAACUCAAUAUCAUCUAAUCGUCAAUUUAACGCUCGUAAAGUUCUUCAGUUUAUCAAUGGUACAAAAAAUGUAGAAACUAAAGAAUUAGAAAUUAACGACGAAAACAACAAGGUUAAUCACUUAUAUGAAAUUAAAACAAGUGGAAAAUAUAUAGAUAUGUUUAGAAUGUUAAUCAUACCAGAUAAUGAAAAAGAUGAAUUUACAUUGAGUGAUUUUGAUAUGAUAUUGGAGACUGAAACUCCACCAUCAAUGAAUAUUAUUAGAAAUCCAGAACCAGAAAAAAAAGAUAUAAGCAGAUAUCAGUUUUUACGAGCAACAGACUUUGAAUACGUAAAACUAUAUUUUGUUGAUAAUGAUAUAUUUACCUCAGUCGAUAUUCAUAAAAGUCAACAAAAUCAAAAAUUUUUAAUAAGAGAUGGUGUAUAUGUUAAUAUAUCAAUCUAUAUUGAAAAACCAAAAUUUUCAGUUCAUCUGAAUAAGAUUAAUGAUUCGAAAGAACAAAUAUCGUUAGUAACUGUAAGAGUUAAUAGUAAAGCGGCUUUAUCAGAAGUUCACUUAAUUUAA